AUGGAAAUAAGUGCGAUGCCGCCAAUGCCUUUGGACUUUUCUAUGGUACGGAACGACAGUAGCUCACCUGGAGGCGGUUUGCGGGAAAGUUCACCAAGACCGGUGUCCAAUAGCGCUUUUAGAGUUGUAACACCUAAAGGCGUAUCUGCUAGCGAAGCGCUUCGCAACGGUAUCUGCCAGUCACUAUGGGGCUCUACUGUCGCUCGUCCAGAAGCAAGGCUUGCGUCGCCACCACCACCCCAGAGUCAUGACUCCUAUCCCAUUAGAGAAGAAAUUAAAUUCGGUAUCAACCGACUGGUAGGCGAUCGGAAUGAUGAAGAGGAAGAUGAACCACACAACAACGAAAGAAGACCAGAGAAUAACUCUCCGAGUUCUCGCUGCGGUAGUCCUUGUUGGGCAGGGUCCCCACAAUCACCUCGAUCGAUUCGCUCCAGCUCUCCCGAAUUGGAAGUAGAUUCUCCCCCUUCCUCCCCAAGAAGACCACCCGAUUCUUCGCCUCCAUUAAAAAGAUCCGAAGCCUUUUCUGUCAGCGCUCUCUUAAGACCAGACGCUCCAAGAGUACAACCACAAAGACCAUUCUUAUAUCCGCCACUACCAUUUGCGGAAUUUUUAAGAGACGCUGGGAGCCUCGGUCUCCCAGGCUGGGGUGGUUAUAGUAACUUAUAUCUUCACGCUGUACAAGCGGCUGGACCAGAGUUACUUCGAUUACGAGCAGCAGUGUUGGGAGCUCCAAACCCUUUGUCGAGACCGUUGCCUAUUGGUGACGUGUACUCGUGCGUGAAAUGUGAAAAAAUGUUCAGCACACCGCAUGGACUCGAAGUGCACGCUCGAAGAUCUCACAAUGGAAAAAGACCUUUCGCUUGCGAGUUGUGCAGUAAAACGUUCGGGCACGAAAUCAGCCUUAGUCAGCACAGGGCUGUGCACAGCGUGGAAAAGGUGUUCGAAUGCAAGCAAUGUGGGAAGACGUUCAAGCGUUCCAGUACCCUAUCGACACACCUGCUGAUUCACUCCGACACCAGGCCCUACCCCUGCCAGUACUGCGGCAAAAGGUUCCAUCAGAAGUCCGAUAUGAAAAAACAUACCUAUAUUCACACAGGAGAGAAGCCACAUAAAUGUCAAGUAUGUGGCAAAGCGUUCAGCCAGAGUUCAAAUCUGAUAACACACUCUCGGAAGCACACCGGAUUCAAGCCCUUUGCGUGUGAGCUCUGCGGCCGGGCGUUCCAGAGAAAGGUGGAUCUACGGAGGCACAGGGAAACCCAACACGCUGACUUAAGGACCCCACAGACGCACUUGCCUCCGCAUACAGAUGUCCACACCAUGCAUCCGCAGGAUAUGCACGCUGUUGAUCACCGAAUAGAUCUUCGUCCCCCGCACCCUGAUCUGCGCCCUCAGCACCCGGACUUCAGGAGCCACAUGAGCACCGCAGUACCACCGUCGCAAGCGCUCCCUUCCUGA